AUGCGCUUCAGGCGUAGGGUUGGCUCUCAGCCUGGAGUGGCCUCUUUUCCUUUGGACCUCCACAAUAGGGGGGCCCUAAGAGAGGACAGGGGCUCCCUUGCUGAGGCUAGCGCACCCCUUAGCUCAACUACAGUAGAAGCCACAAGUGAAUCCUCGACCUUUUCUGAGACAGUGCAGAAGCUUCUGGGCAAUCUGCAGAGCCUCACAGAGCCUCUCACUCUGCACCAGCAACAACAGCGGCAAAGGCUAGGGCUAGGGGCAGCAACUGUGGGGACCCCAGAGAGCAGUCGGUACACUUUAUCAGCUGACAGCAGCAGAAGCCAAGUGAAAAGCAGACAUGCAAAGCAUGCAAACAGCAACAACAGAGAUGCAGGCGCAGCAGAAGUUAAUAAUGCACAGGAGCAGCAGCUGCAGCUGCUGCUCCAGCUGCUGCCAUCCGAGGAGCAACAGCUGCUGCAUGAUGUGAUGUCAGCAGGGCAGCAACAGCGAGACUACUUACUGAUGCUGCUGCGACAGGCCAUGGAAACUGAGCGGCGGACAGCGGCAGGAGCAGCAGCCCGGAAGGAAUUUGCUGUCGCCGCCGCUGCAGUUGAUCAGCUGCUGCAAACAGGGCAGGCCCCGCCUCCUCCAGCAGCAGGGGCAGCAGCAGCAGCAGAUGUGGCGAAAGCAAAAGACAUGGCUUCUCCUGAGAUGCAGCCACCGGUAGCCGCGGCGACUUUGCCAGCAAAGGAAGCAGCCGCACGCGGCGCUGCUGCGUCUGCUGAUGCUACACUGAGCAAGGACGGGCCCCAGCUCUUGGUGGGACGCGACCCUUCAGGCGCAUUGGCUGCUCUCAGGAGCAGCCCCACGGGGCAGCAGAACAGCAGCAGCACCAACGCUAACAGCCCUAGAGAGAGGAGCUGGAGGACACAGCAGCGGGUCGAGCAGCAGCGAGUGCAUAAAGCAGCAGACACACUCCGAGCCCAAACGCUUCAGCAGCAGCUCGUGCUGCAGGAAGAGCUGUUGCUGCGUAAACAACUAGAAACACGGCUGCAUGCGCUUCUUGCGCACCUGCCUUCUAACAGCCAGCAGCAACUGCAGCAGCAGCAGCAGCAGAAGCUGCCGCAGCAGCAGCUGCAGCAGCGGCAGCAGCAUCAGCAGCACGACCAGCACCGUCACCAGCUGCAGCAGCAGCACCAGUAUAGCCAAGAGCAACCCCCCCUGCCACCCACUUCGGGGGCCCCUCAUUUCCCUCGUCUGGCCUCUGCAAUCGCUCAACAGCGCAUGCACAUGCCCAGCAGCAGCAACAGCCGGUCACCGACAUGGCAGCAGCAGCAACAGGCAGAAGACAGCGUAGUGCUUGAGGCCUUGAGAGAGGCCGAGGAGUUGCUUCUGAGAGAGAAGCAGCAAACGGCUGCUGUAAGCGAGGCAGUGGCAACCAUAUAUAGUCCAGGAGCAGCAGCAGCAUCAGAAACACAGGUUGUAGGAGCAGAAGCACAAGUAGCAUCCGCGGGAGCCACUCCUCUUGCUGCAGAGAGCUGUGGCUUGUCCACAGCAACGGAAGGACAAGCACUUCUGCUCUUUCCAGCGACAGACACGGAAACAAUAGUUGAAGGAGGCAGCAGCAGCGGCCAGAUUCAGCAGCAACAGCAGAAACGGAUUUUGCAACCGCCACAGCAACAACAAAAACCUGUAAUAUCAUGGCAAGAGCAGGAAUUUGCUGUGACGCGCCAACAGGAGCCGCUCCUGCAACAGCAGCAGCACAUCCAGCAACAGCUAGUAAAGCUUCUGCAACAGACACUGCAGCAACAGCAGCAGCAACAGCAGACAGUUGUGGUGCAAAGCAGCACCCCGCAGCAGCAGCGCCAGCAGCAGCAGCAAGUAGACAAGGAACAGCAAACAGAUCGACUCGAAGGCCUCUCUCGUUUGCCUUCGCUGUUGGAGCAGAGUAGGGUGCUGCAACAGUUGAAAUCUGCUGCUGUUGCUGCUGCAUCAGGUUUUCCUUUCCAACCAGCCGUAGAACUGCAACGGCAGCAGCAGGUGCAGCACCAACAACAGCAGCGGCACCAGCAACAGCAAGAGCAGCGAUCUCAGGGAAGGCACGAAUUGCAACAGCUGCAGGACCUGGUAAACCAAGCACAGCAGGAACAGGUCCGAACUCUGGCUACAGCAGCCGUACAGAGCCACAACGGCGUUUUGCAGCAGCAGCACGAGCAGCAAGUAGCCCAGGAAGCAGCCCUGGGAACGGUCCAAGGAAAAGCAGGGCAACAGCAGCAGCCGUCUAAUGUAUUUCAGCAGCAGGAGCAGAAGACGCAGUACAUUCAGCAGCAACAGCUGCAGCACAACCAGCAGCAUCAGCUCCAUCAGCAACAGCAGCAAAGACUAAGCAACCAGCAGCAGCUCGUGCAGAAAGAGAUAAACCAGCCAUUGCAAAACAUAUACGAAGAAGGACAAAACAUCUGCGAAGAAGGAGUAGAGCAACAGGAGCAGCAACUGCUACAGCAGCAGCUGGAGCAGCAGCUUCAGCAGCAGCUGCAGCAACAGCUAGAACAGCAGCAGCAGCAGCUUCAUCAACAACAACUACAGCAACCGCAAGAGAAUUCAGAGAGCGUUGAAUGGCUACUACAGGAAGAAAUGCGGCAGGGGUCACCGACGGCCAAUCAGCAACAGCAGGAUCUCCAAGAGCAGCAGCAGCAACAGGUUCCUUCAAGACCACAGAAUCGUCACCACAGCCCCUCAGCCCACAGAACAAAACGCAUGCGUGUGAUUGAGACACAACAGCAACAGCAGCAACAACAACAGCAACAGCAGGACAGGCAGAAAAGGCGGCAGAAGCGAAGCAUGAGCAACAGCAGUAGCAGAGCAGCUAGUACCCGCUCUACGCAGGAACAGGAGUCAAGAAGUACACCAACUGCCACAAACAGUGAAACCCGCACGGUCAAGGAAGGCAGGCAGCAGAGAGGGUCAUCUCAGGGUUCCCCCAGCCCGCGUGCAAGGGGCCCUAGUCUGUUUUCUAGUCAAAGCCCAGAAAGGCAACAGCAGCAUCAAAAGCAACGAGAGCAGGCGCGGCUGCAGCAGCAGCAACAAAAACAGCCGCAGCAACGGUACCAGCAACAGCAGCAGCAGCAGGGCAGCGGAAGAGUACAUUCCGCCUCCUCAAGCCCUGUGGAUUCCUGGGGCUCCCGCACAGUGCGUCUUAUAAAAGGACGGCAAAGCUCGCCUCAUUGUGGAGCUGUCCCAAAACAACAGCAAAGCCUACCAGAGACAUUUAAGCCCAAGCCUCGCUCCUUGACUGCUUUUGUGCCGUACGAGGGGAGCCUGCAGCAGCAGCAAGAGCAGCUCCUACAGCAGCUGCAGCUCGAAGAAGAAGAUGGUGGGCAAGUCUCAGUGACGGCUUCCCCUAGCAGUAGCAGCGCAGUCGCGGUGCAAAGACAGUACGAGAGACAACAGCAACACCAGCAGAAACAACAGCGAAAUCUGCUCCUGGCAGAGCCCCAGCAGCUCAAUGGAACUCCGGUAGUUGCGUACACCACAUCAUUUGGGCUCUUCAAGUCAGAGCAAACGACACAAGGGCAGAUGAGCAGUAUCAAAAAGGCAGUACAGCAGCAGGCAGCAGCAUCAGGUGCUGCCUCAGCUGCACUUGCAGCACCCCCCGUUUCAGAUGCUGAGCUGCCGCAAGCAGCAGACGCAGUAGCACGCUACAGUGCACAGCAAAUGCAAGUGCCAGCAGCACCAGCAGCAGUAGUGACAGCUGAAGAAACAGACGAGACUGUAGCUGCUGCUUCUGCAGCAGCUGCAAGGGGACACGCUGGGAGAAGAAAAACGCCUAGAGGAGCCUCAAAACGAAGCCAAAGUAGCUGCACGUACUCUUCAAGUGGCCAUAAUCGUCUGGGCACCGCCUUAAGUAAGGGGCCUGAAGUGCCUUCAGCGUCCCCUAGAAACCGCUCUCGUACUGUGGAGCCCUUCCGGGCUGCAUCAUUAUCAACCGCUGCUGCAGUGACAGCACCGCACGGCAGCAAACGCAGUGCCAGCAGAAGCAGCGGCAACAGCAGAAGCAACAUCACCAAGAACAGUGGCACCACCAGUGGCGAUGAAUACGGUAGCAACAACGGUAAAAGUGGCAACACCUACAACAGCAGCAGUAGCAGCAGCGCCGCCGGGGCUGCUGCUUCUACUUCCAUCAUUUGCGCCGCCGGCGCAAAUGAUGGAAGUAGAAGCAGUCCCUCAGGUCUUUCUGCUGCCCCAGCGCAAAGGGCCGCGGGAAGGGUGAGGGGUAGAGCUUACACCACGGGCUCUGCUUCGGAGCUGAAACGCAGCAGCAGCAGCAGCAAGGGCAGCAGCAGUGGUGGCGGUGGCUGCCGGCAGCAGCGGCUAUUUACGCAGCAGCUACCGCGUGUCCCCAUGCGGCCCCUAGAGACAGCAGCAAAUAGCCACCCCAGCAGCCCGAAAACGGGGGGCGGCAAAGCUGUUCGCAUUGACUCCAACACCGCCCUUCUAAGAAGCAGCAGCGGCAGCAAGAGUGGCGGGAGCAGCAGCAUCAUUAAGCACCGCAAGCUGACUCCUUAUACAGUCACGAGGGUGCCUUCGGCGCCCCUUAGAAGGCCUCAGCAGAUCUCCGGGGGGCCCGUGAAAGGGCGAAGCCACAGUGUUGCUGCUGCGGCUACCCGCAGCAAGAGCUGCAGCAGCAGUGUCAGCGGCAGCAGACGCACAACGCAGCUCUCUACUGCAGGAUCCUCUUCACCCACUGCUAGAAGGGCCACCAGCUCUGCAGCCAGCACCCGUGUGCUGUCCAACAAUAAAAGCAAGAGCAACAGCAGCAGGCAGAGCAGCAGCUCCACCAGAGACACGUGGCAAUACAAAAGGGCAGCUUCGCCAGCAGGAGGAGCCGAGAGAGAGACACGUGACUCAGCAAGAGCGGCAGCAGCAACAACAGCUGGCACAGAAAACGACUACUCCAGAGCUCGUGCAAAGACAUGCGCAAUGCCCUCUUUUGGAGAAAGCACGGAGCCCCACGGAAUUCUUAAGUCUCAGUCGGUUGCUCUUAACUCUGCUACUGUGCUGCAGAUGCUGAAGCAUCUGAAAGAUCAGCUGGAGCAGCAGCAAUUUGAGCAGCAGCAUUUAGGGCAGAAACAGCAAAAGGAGCUGGAGCAGGCAGCAGCAGCGACAUCAGCAGUAACAAGAGACGUUGGAAGAGCUCGUGCAAAGACACAUACAAUGUCCUCUUUUAGUAAAGAUAAAAAUCAGCAAGGGGUUAUGAAGUCUUACUCUGCUUCCGUUAACUCUGCCACUGCGCUGCAACCAUGGCAGCAGCUGCAGCGGCUGCUUGAGCAGCAGCAGUUAAAUCAGCGGCAGCUGGAACAGGCAGCGACAACAGAAGAGAAAGAGAGUCCAAGAGCUCGAUCAAAGACAUGUGCAGUACCGUCACUUAGUGAGGACAAACAGCCACAGGGGAUUGUGAAGUCUUACUCUGUUGCACUCAACGCUGCUACUGCAGAGCACCAGUUGCAGCAGCUACAAAAACUGCCUCAGCAGCAGCAGCCAAAACGACAAGAACAGGAGCAGCUGAGGCAGGAAGCACACGCAGCAGCAGCAAACGAGAGAGACGGUCCGAGAGCUCGUGCAAAGACCUGUAUAGCGCCUUCUUUCGAAGAAGACAGAAAUCUGCAAGAUACCAUAAAAUCCCACUCUGCCGCUAUUAACCCUGUUACUGCACUGCAGCUACAGCAGCUGCUAGAGCAUCUGGAGCGGCAGCAAACCGAGCAGCAUCAGAUAAUACAUGAGCAACCGGAGCAAGCGGUAGCAGCAACAGCAACAGAACUUAGGGACGGCCCAAGAGCCCGCGCAAAGACAUGCGCAGUACCUUCUUAUGGUAGCGGUGAAAAGCAGCAGGGGAUUGUAAAGUCUCACUCUGUGGCUGCGAACUCAAGUGCUGCACUCCAUCUGCUGCAGCAGCUGCAGGCGCAGCUGCAGCAGCAGCAACUGGAGCAGGAGCAGGGGCAGGAACAGCUGGAGCAGUCAGCAGCAGCUACAACCGCAGGAGUAAGAGGUGGUACAAGAACUCGUGCAAAAACCUGCGCGAUGGCAUUUUUGGAUGGAGACAAAAAGCAGCAGGGGAUUACGAAGUCGUAUUCUGUUUCUGCUGGCUCUGGUGCUGCACUGCAACAGCUGCAGCAGCUGCAGCCGCUGAAGCAACAACUGGAGCAGCAGCCUGUGAAGCAGCUGCAGCACUGCGACCAGCAGCAGAACGAGCAGGACCACAGCAACCAGUCUCCGCUGCGGCACUUGCAGCUAGAGCAGCAGCGGCUUCGGGAGCAACACCAAGUACUACAGGAGCAGCAGGAGCAGCAACAGCGUCAGUUGUUGCAGCUUCAACAGCAGCAGGAACAGCAACAGCAAAGCCAACGCCUAUUGCCUUUGGCGUGGGAAACUGCUUUGCUGAACGCUUCUGCAGCAGACCGACAGCCGCGCACUAUGGAUGCCUCUGGAGCAGCAGCAGACAGCAACAGCCGAUUCAGCAGCCGUAGCAACAGCAGCAGUGAGCUGCUAUUAAAGAGCUGCACAGGCCAGCAACUGUGGGACUCAGCAGAGGGUGCAGAAGAAGGAACCGGGAGGCAGUGGCAGCAGAACCUGCCAAAAGGGCAGCAGUAUGGACAGCCUCCACAACAGCAGGCUGGAGAGCUGCAGCAGCACUAUCUUUGCCAGCAGCAGCAGCAGAAGCGAGGUGACACUGGGGACAACUUGCUUCCGAGGCCAGCUAGUGAGACCCCAACUUACGUUCUCAACGUCGCACGUCAACAGAUGCUGCACCGCAACGAUAGCAGCUACGAUAAUAACCACAGCAUGCCGAGCAGAUCAAUGAAGAGUCUCGCAGGUCUGCCAAAAGCUCCUCCACGCGAUGCAGAGACAGCAGGAACAGCAGCAGCGGAAACUGUAGCAGCACCUUUGGCGGGAGUAGCAACUACAGCAGCAGCACCUCUACUGGUGCCUUCAGCAGGAGCGACAGACGCAUCCGUCUCAAGAAUUGCGGCAGCAGCAACUUCAGCAGAAGCAGUGAACAAAGCAACAGCGAACGGGGCAACACUCUCCGUAGCGUCGGCUGUGCAGCCAGCAGCAACAGCAGCAGCAACGACGGCAGCAUCUACAACUUCGUCCUUCGUUGCUUACAGCCAUCCCCACCAUAGGACGCUUACUCCAGUUUCUGGGGCUGCGUCUAGACAUGCAACGGCAGCACAGCAGCUGCAGCAGCAACAGCAAGAGCAGCACUCUGCAGAUGGAGCGCUGUGGCGGCAAAACCGGGAAUUCUUUUCGAGUGGUCCAAUAGCAUUGACUUCGGCGCAGGAAACGACAGCAGCAGCAGCAGCUGCAGCAGCAGCAGCUGCGGUGGCCGCCACAGCAACGGGCGCAGCAACAACUGCUGCAUCUGCCGCAGCAGCAGCGACAGGAGCAGCAAGCGCGGCAACUGCUGCUGCGGCCAGAGCCGCAGCGGCGGCUGCAGCAGCAGCAACACCCGCUAACGAUGUGACGAUGGCACGGCAGCUUAGUGAAGGGGAAAUACGACAAGCCACAAUAUAUGAUCUGCUUCCUCAAGCAUUGUCAGGCGUAUCUUUAGCUGGAACAGCAGCACCAGCGACGUGGAGUCUCCAAAAGCUCUCUCAAGGGCCCGCAAUUAUGCAGCAACUGAGUGAUGGGGAGGUUCUAGGAAACACCUCUGGCGCGGCGCAAACCGUGCUCCUCUUUUCACCGCCUCAGCAGCCGCAGCAUCAGCUGGACAACUUCUCACUUUCGGGGGCAGUUGAAGUUGCGCCGGUUACCACUGCGAGGCUUUCAAUUGCUGCUUCCGCCCCUCUGACUGCCGCUGCAGGCAGCAACGGAAACAGCAGCUCUGGCCGCUCCUUCUGGGUGAACAAACAAGGAGCCCCAGCCCUUCCGCCGCCUUGUCCUGCGCGACAGCAACGACAACAGCAGCAGCAGCAAGUUAGCAAGCCCCGGUUUGUAGAUGAUGGCCGCGUGGCCACGGAGAAGCCUUCAACACCUUCGGAAGCCGCCAGCAGUGACGCGUCGAGCAUCUUGCGGGGAGGACAGCAGCUUCUGCUGCAGGAACAUCGGCUGCAGUCCAUCGAGCAGCAUCGGGCGCUGCAGCAGGAGAUGCAGCAUCUGAAGCAACAGCAGCAGCAGUCUCACCUACUGUUCCACGAAGAACAGAGACGGCAGCAGAAUGGAGAACAACAGGAACUGCAACAGCAGCAGCAACGAGUGAUGGGCCAGUCGCAGGAACAGCCUAUGGGGGAAGCACAGCAAUCGCAUUAUCAGCAGAUCCAGCAUUACGGGAAGGAUGAGGGGCUUUGCGUGCAACAGCAGCAGCAGCAUGACACUGGCGUUCUAGGGCUGUUCCAGCAGCACACCCCUGAGGAGCAGCAGCCGCAGCAGCAUAGGACAAAACGCGAAGAUCAAUUCCAGCAGCAGCUGCAGAAUCAAGUGGAGGGAUGCCUUCCGGAGAAAAUAGCAGAAUUGAGCAGCAACAGUAGCAGCGGCAGCUGGGCAUCAGCAGCAGCCUUGAACGUCGAUAAGUCAAAGCAGUUGCUCGAUGUUGUAGCUUCAAGUACGCCAGAAGAGCUCGCUAACGGGCCACUCUCAGUUACAGGCCGGCAGUUCUGCUGUUACUGCACCUGCCCGAAAUGCUUAGACUGCGAAUGCUACUGUCGCUGCUUGGGGCCGUGGACUACGGUUACUCAAGCAGGGGGCCCUCCGGUACAGGACUCCCAGAUUAGAAGCUCUCAAAACGGGGCCCCUAACAUGAGCACCACCGUGACAGAGGAGCUGCCUUUGAGGUCCAUCCAGGUGACGGCUGCAAGCGAAAAACGCUGUCUGAUGAAUAAGGCCCAUUUUUGCUGGGCAAAAGAAAAAGGUGAGCAGCUUCUGAACGAGUCGCUGGGCGCUCUUACCGUCUUCCCAGGGAGUAGCGAUCCCGCGAAAGAGGCCCUCAGACUCUCAUCAGGAGCCUCUGCAGCUCUGCAAGAGGCUUUUAGGGAGCCAGAGAGCCCUGUGAAGUACUCUGUGGGACCUUUAAGCAAAUUGAACGAUGUUGAGAAACUUCAUGAGGAUCUGGUGGAGGUUUUAAGGGACUUGAAGGAAGCUGGGGUUUUCUCUGAGAACCAGUUUUUGUUUCUUUCGAAACAGGCCGAAGCGAAGGAUGAGAGAGUAAUGCAUAUAUUCUUGAAGUACUUUAAAGCUGGCAACGGCGACGAGUUCAUCAAGUCCCUCAGCGACCUAGCGCCUGAACUGUCAAACCCAUACCCUGAACCCUUGAGCACAGGCUUCAACCCAUGA